UCGAUAUACUCUUCUAUUUAAAAAACAGGUGUAUUAAAAUACAAACAUAUCAGAAAUUGUUUGAUCACGAAAGCUUGGUCUUUUAUGUUGAAAAACAAGUAUUUUAAACCGGAUUAUACAAAGAGAAAAAGGCAAUCAAAAACACAUGCUAAUUGAGCAUAUUUACUAUUUCAGACUUUAAAACAUAAGUUAUAUACUAAUGGAUAGAAGGAGUCGAAUACUUAUUAUUAUAGUUGUCUUUAUGAUAACCGAAACAUCGACAGAACAAAACUGUAGGAACGUGGUAGACUGUAUAGAGAGUUAUGGUGCUGUGACUUCAUUAACAUUUGUACCCGACUAUGAAAAUUUCCAUCGAAAUACAUACACAUUGUUCAUCCAGACGUUGUGCAACAACUUGAUAUAUUACCGAAGCUGUCAAAUUAAUAACCACGAUUUACUGAUAUUAUCAUGUCAAUAUCUCAUUGGUGAAUUUGAGGCCGACUUGUCUGUCUCUCAGGAAAACAGGGAUGCGCUUGGGAAUGUACAGUGUGCACAAAUCAAUGGCAUGGUAGAUGCAGUUGAUUGUUUAUUAUCGAAUGCCACACUUAAAUCAGCUAUUUCAAGUUGUACAACAGAAAUGUCGACAAACAUACAAACGAAUCAGUCAUUGUCAAUGUGCACGAUAGUGACAGUAUGGCAUGACUGUAUGAUUGUAGCUGUCCAAGGAACAUGUACAUCAUUAGCAAAACAAUACUGGGAGGACGUAGCAGAAAAAUAUACAGACGCGUUCUGUUCAGAAUCCAAAUCAGAAUCUAAAGCCUCUCAAGUGACAUGUUAUUUGUUACCUAUCGUUCUUGUUUCAUUGUCAACCAUUUUGCAGAGAUUGAUAAAUGUUUGUUUAUGAUAUAAUAAAGGGCAAUGCAGUUUUUAUUUUCA